AAGAUUAAGGGCAGAUUUUUUAUAAAACGUGGCGCGAUAAUUAUGUCACGUGGGUGAGCUCCCGCCUUUGAACUUUUUAACUUGUGAGUCAAUAAUACCGACACGACGACAUACUCGCAGAAUGCACGAAACAUUUUUGUAUGCUGAGAAACUGCGAUCAUCCGAAUGUGUCCAUCGCGCAAAUGUGAAGCAGCCACAAGGCCGCGUUAGGAGCGUCUCCUGCCCCCACCCCUCUCAAGACGCAGCUGUUAAAGCUGCCGCCAGAUGUCUCCACUAAUAAGCCAGCGGUCACGUGUUCAUUCAACGGCACUCGCCGUUGUGCUGUGAGUCUCAAUGUUGUUUGUUUUUCGCAAGUGCACAGAAUCCGUGUCUUGCGUUAAAUUGUUGGAUUGUGAUUGUGGAAGAUCACUCGGCUGUUACGUCAGCAAGGCGGGGUAAAUGGAGAAGUCAGAACGAGAGGAGUGCGUAACUCGUCGUCUUGACAACAUAAAUCUCCACAAAGCACAGCGAAUGCCAGCGGACGCGUCUGAUAACAGCGCAGAAUCAAGACCCGCACGCGACAGAGUGCACGGGGCGGAAAUUCGUAGGAGUUCACGUACGCGGUGAACAAAUAAUUCGACGUGCUGUGAUAACAAUAACACCAAAGAAUGCGGGGUAAAAACAUCUCAUCGAACAAAAUCCCACGUUUCGGGAAUUGUCUCUGCUCCCGUCUCUCUAACGGACUAGCCUUUCACGUGAAGACGGCAGCAGACCCAGCUGCCGAAACAUAGAGCUCUGUUUUCAGAAUGCAGAGCGAUGAACGAGGCCCAGAAGACGAGCUUUACGACGAAAGUAGUUGCCUGAAGCACUUCCCAGAAGGCGUUGUUGUAGUGCGUUCCCGGAAGAUGUUCAGGCGGGCUCCGCUUUGCGAGGCGAGGAAUCCGUCUGGCCACGAAAAUUACUGACGGAACCCCACAGCAGACCAAACCAAACCAAAAAGGCACGAGCAAAAGUCGAUGUUGAGUUCAUGCUUGCGACGAUACGCGGCAAAUCCGAGGUCGUCUCUCUCGUUUCCACAGCGACUCCUCGGCUGUCGCUCUCAGAUACGAACAUUUUGGAGUGCAGAUGUCUUAGUGGAAUCCGUGGGUCCCCAAGGCCACGUGGCGUCUUGCGGAACGGAAUACAAAUUCGUCGCUGCUUCGAGUAAAUUUGGGUCACGCAAAUCAGACGCCUCUGCUCGAGGACGACCGUCCCUGAGCAGAGGCCAACAGAAACACAAGACACCAGAAAUUAUUUACCCGAUAAAAUUGGCAACGGCCCGAGAGGCUCCGAGUUCCUGAUUAGUGUCGCUGGCAAAAUGCCACUGGAGUGAGGUUAAAUUGUCAAGGCCUGCACGGAAUGGCUCCUUUAUUGAACGUUACGAACUCCCUUGUUUGUUUAACUACGCUUUUACAGCUGCGUAGGUCAGAUGCCAGAUGGUUCUGAAUCGUGACAUGUGCUCAGGAUAUCCCUACCUUGAUUGAGAUUUGAACCCAGAAUCUCCUGGACAGAACGGAGGAAUGCGAACCAUCGUUCGGUGUCGCCGAUCCACACGUUCAUUCGGGCGUCGCUGAGUUUUUCAAGACGCGGUCCGCAGACCCUUGACUUCUACCAUUCUGAUGCGUAUCUGCGAUAGUGUCUUUCGCCUUAUCGGCUGGUCCCUUCUCAUGCCGAGCGCCGUCUGCGUCGUCCCCAUAAACGCCUCUUCGUGCUCGUCGAAUUCCUGUCUCUCCAGCGGGAAGAACCUGGAAAAACAAGGCUGAGUGGAGUCUUCCUGCCCCUGCGAGUAUGCAACUCGAGGCCCUGGGCCAGGUAGCACAGAUGGUUUUUGGAUUUCGGGCGCAGUCAAACUUUUUUCAGAAUUAAGAAGUGGCGCGGAGAGACGUGAAUCUGUCAGUUGCAAUGGGAAUCCCCGGUCGGCGCUUCAAAUUUCAAAACAACCUCAGAUGUUCCUAAAGCGUCAUCAAACAGUCAUCCAAGGAUUACUGACAUUUAGGUACAGAUGAGUACGAUAGAAACACGCAAAAUGGAAUCGUAGUCCGUUUCAAAGACACUGCCUGUUUCCAUCAUCAGGGAGGCAGGAUUUGAGGUUUUCGCGGCGGUGAGUCUGAAGACGACUGUCUUCUGGGUUGAAGGUUACCGGCGUUUCAGAAGUCCUUCUUGCCUCCAUCAUCAGGGCGAUAAGCAAACCGCGUGCGGCUCACUCAUCGCCCUCAUGUCAUUCAUCAUCUUGAUUAUUUGUUAUAAACACGUCGUUUCGGAGGUUGGAGUAUGAGGACGGAUACACACUCCGGUCUCCGAAACGUCGUACAAUGUCCAAAAAGUUAGUUGUUUUGAGCGGUCUAGAUAGUUCCUUGAAUUCGUACUUUGGAUCUUCAAUAACUUUGGAUUUCAUUCAAAGUCGCACAGAAGCCGCGUUUGGGUUUCCGGUUGUCAGUGGUUCCCGGAAGAACAAUUGCUGUGAGGUGUUCGGUCUCUCUCGUUUGCUUUCCUCGUGCACCUGUGAACUGCUUCUCGCAUUUUUAUCAGUCAUUGGCCUUUGAAACAAAACUUCAACACGUCCGCACGUGCUCGUUGUUGACAUCAGCGCACGACACGAACCUGGAAGGAAGGACUCGCGGACGUCGCCUACCUUUCCGAAGUCAGGAACAUUUGUCCGUUUAUUUCAAUAUCUCUUUCAGUUGAUUUGCGUCUCGUAAAUGCAAUGCAACAAUGAAAUGUUGCGAACAAUCUUUUCAUCGUGGUGAUCUCUGGACAUUUUUGUCAACAAGUACGACGUUUCGGGGGCUGGACUCUGUUGGGCUCCGUCGAUAAGGACUCGUGCCAUUGCAGUCUUCGAGACGCGCGGUAUUUUUACGAUAUCGAAAGAGUUCAGUUGCUGAAAUGUCACAAAAAGUCUCCGUCUCUGCAGUCGAUCCGACGUCUCACCUGCACGAAAGAUUUUCUGGGCAACAAACCGAAGCUGAGCUUUGUACUGUGUGGUCGGACCACGGACGAGAGAAGAGUUUUUGGGCACAUUUGUGUAUGCCCAGCGAGUGUGCGCCGAUGCCAGGGGCAAGGCGAGGCUGUGGUCCGAGUCUCUGUUUGUUUGCUUAAUAUUUUGCGCUGAAUGUUGACGAUUUGACUAUCGGAUUGUUUCCAGUCUCCGGUUUGAAAAAGGCACGUGCCAAGUAGCAAAACAUUGUGACAGAGAAACCGACGUGAGUGGAAAAUUAAAUAAAAGAAGAUUGGGCUGAAUUUCGCGUGAUCCAAAAGAGAAUUGUGCGGGCACGUGGUGGAAAAGUUAAACAAAGUUGCAAUGACUUAGAUCGACAGAAUCUGUUUGAAAAUGCAGGAGAAAGGAGGUCGUUUGGAGUCCGGUAAUUAUUUCCAAGAACCAGAGUCCUUUCUGGAAACGUGGCACUUCCCUUGAGGUUUUCCUACCAAACUUUUGUGUCCAUCCCCAUGCCAGCCUUCGUGGUUUAAUGGGCCGAGAAUAUCAGAAAAGUGCGGAGGUUAUGGUCGUGGAAUUUCUCUGUGGAAUCUUCGACUCAUUCCCAUCAAUUAAAACAAUUCAGAGAAGAAAUAGUCGGAUGGGAGGGGACGUCGAUCUUUGCGGGUCAAUUUGGAGGGUGAUGUUCAACCGUGACGUCACACAGGUCAAGAUUUGACCUUGGCGUCGUGACUGUCCGCUCUAGUGGGAACUUCAACUGCUGGUUCUGUGCACGAGAUCGCGUGGCUUCAAACUCCGUCUCCUUUUCGAGAUGACGGAGAAGCCGUGUUCAUUUCCCAGAUCGACUCGACGAAGCAAAAUGUGGGUAUGUUGUCAUGCUGAUGUCAGUAUACUGGAUGACAGAGGCAGUUCCCCUGGCCGUGACGUCGUUCAUUCCGGUGAUUUUAUUUCCACUUUUGGAUGUCCUAAACACUGAAAGAGUAUGCAAUGCAUACCUCAAGGAGACCAACAUGAUGUUCAUAGGUGGCCUCAUUGCAGCAAUAGCAGUGGAACAUUGCAACUUACACAAGCGCAUUGCUCUGAAGGUGAUUCUCACCAUUGGAACAAGCCAAGUGCGAUUGUUACUAGGGUUCAUGAUCACCACAAUGGUGUUAUCCAUGUGGAUCUCCAACACGGCCACCACUGCAAUGAUGACGCCCAUUGUAAAGGCUGUUCUAGAUGAAUUGAAACAAAACAAAGAUGUGGAGAGCAGACAUCGAACGUCUUCAUUAAACACAGCAGAUUCUGAGCAUGCAAGUGGUGCAUUUGACCCUGAGACACGUCGAAAAUCAGUCUACCAAUGUGAUUAUGAGCAAAAUGAUCGUCCAGAAAAAACUGACAUCUGCUACUACCUAGGAGUGGCAUAUGCAUCAAACUUGGGUGGAGCUGGCACGCUGACUGGGACAGGAACCAAUCUCACCUUCAAGGGGAUAUGGGACACAACAUUUCCAGAGGCUGGUGGAGUGAACUUUGCGAGUUGGUUUAUUUUUUGUACGCCAUUAAUGUUAAUAAAUAUGUUGGCUGCUUGGAUAUGGCUUCAGAUUCUGUUUAUGGGAUUGUUCAGAAAAAAGAAGGAAGAAGACAAAAGGAAAUCAAAUGAAGAAGAAGCUAAGAUAGUUCGAGAAGUUAUCAGUGUGAAGUAUGAAGAAUUAGGACCAAUGACUUUCCAUGAAGGCUCAGUCCUAAUACUCUUUAUUAUUGUCGUGAUCCUUUGGUUCUUCCGAAAACCAGAGUUUAUACCAGGAUGGGCCGAAUUUGUUGCAACUGUUGAAAUUGAUGAUGCUACUCCAGUCAUGCUAAUUGUAUUCCUGUUGUUCGUGCUUCCAGCAAACCUUGACUUCCUGCGGUUUGACUCUAAUGAGAGGCGACCAGCAAAAGCUGCACCGGCUCUACUCACAUGGAAAGUUGUUCAUGAAAAGGUGCCCUGGGGCCUCGUCUGUCUCCUUGGUGGAGGUUUUGCAAUGGCAGCUGCUAGCAAUGAAUCAGGUCUGUCAACUUACCUGGGUAAAGAACUGGUGUACCUAGAAGUGCUGCCCCCAUUCUUAAUCCUCAUCAUUGUUGCAACUGCAACUACUUUCCUUACUGAAGUGUCAUCGAAUACAGCAAUUGCCAAUAUCACCUUGCCUGUGUUAGCCCAAAUGGCUGUGGCAAUGAAAAUCCAUCCUCUGUACUUUAUGAUCCCAGCAACUCUGUGUUGUUCUUAUGCCUUCAUGUUACCAGUGGCAACUCCUCCCAAUGCUAUUGUUCUUGCAGCCUCUAACAUGAAGACAACAGACAUGAUGAAAGCUGGCAUUGGAAUGAAUAUAAUCUGCCUCAUCAUUUUGUGCAUUUUCUUCCUCACGUAUGGUUCACUUGUGUAUGACUUAGAAGAUUAUCAAGAAUAUCUGUUUGUAAAUAAUGCAACAAAUGUUACAAGGCUGUAGAUGCCAAUAUGCUGUAUAAUACUAAUACAUCUUCAUCCUCCAGUUAUAGUUAUUAAGUUAUCAUCUUUACUUGUACUGUCAUUGAUACUUUUCGUUGUAUUUUCAGAAACACUUGUAUCAUGUUGUUAUAACCCCUCAUGUGCAUGUUUACAUCAACCUGUCCUGAAGAACUGAGAAGCCAUUGCCUAAUCAUCUAACCUAUUUUGAAUGUCCAAAGUCAUUCCAAAUUUCACAACCUAACUACAGUUGGGGAAAAAAAUGUGCUAUAGAGAUUUUUCCUCACAAGAGGACAAAAUAUGACUCAGUGUAUGAGUAUGGUUUUCUUUACAUCAUUAACUUCUGAGACUGGCUCAUUCUUAUACAUAUCAAAAGUGCUAAAUGUUCAGACUGAUUUCUUGUCAGUGGAAUUUUGUUCUGAAGACUUGACAGCAGAAAUACACUACAGAACUUGAUGAUUUAGUAGGCACACUGUCAAAUGGAAUUCCAUGGUAUCAAGGUAUUGUAAAGAGAAAAUACAAAAUUCAUGACACUUAUUUUUGUGAUACUUGUACAGAAUAUGGUACAGAAACAUAAAGCAUAUAAUUUUCUCAUAUAAUCAAGCUUGUGAUAAUGUCACAAAAAUAGUUUUACUGUGUAAGUGUUAGGUCAUUAAUAUGGUAUAAUUCCACUCAUAUUCACUGAAAAAAGAAAGAAUGCAUGACCAAAAGUCACACAUUUCAUAAUUACCUAUUUUUCUUACAUAAAAAGUUAAAGUAUUUACAAAAAUUAUUCAUGUAGGAACAAAGGAAUUUUACAACACACAUACUUGACACAUAAACCUUCAGCUAUCCACUCAAUACCUUUGUCAUGUGGGUACUGGAUGGUAAUUUGAGUAGGAAUGAUUCUGAGAAACAUAGACUAACCAUCGACGUUGAAACAACAGUGGUGGAAGACAGAUGAACAUUAUUAGUAAUUAUAAGUCUUUAAACUUUCAUGGCAACUGAACUCGGUGACAUUGUAUCGGGCAUCAAGCCUUAUUGCUGAGAAAAUUUUAUUGGGAUUAAAAGUAAAGCAAAGUGAGUCAUGUUUUGUUUGAAUCUAUUUUCAUGAAGAAAUUGAACAAAUCAUAAAAAUUUGAAUAAUCCCAGAGUUCACUGCAGAGGAAUUCUGGUUGUUAUGAUGACAUUAACUUGUUCACAAUAUGCAGUAUGAAAUUAACACAAAGUUAAUAAUCACAGAAAGUAUUCAAAUCCUAAUCAUGUCAGAAAGGAACAAUUUAUGACUAGGAAACAUCAGAAUUAAAUAUACUGACACUCCAGAAGCUGUAGUCACCAAAAGAUACAGAAUAAGUACUGUGCCUAUGGCAAAAUGCAGACAUGUUGACAUAAUUAAAUAUGAAAAUAGUGUAAUAAAGCUGAACUACUCUAA